UUCAGUAGCAUGAUAUUUUAAAGUUUUGUUGUGAAUUUAUGGAAUCCGCCUGGCUGACUAAAAUAACGAAAACAACAUUUCAACUACCGGUGCUAUACUACUACAACCUUCAAACCCAAAAAAAUUGUCAUCUGAAUUCCCUUAUCUCGGGCAAACAGUUUGUGAAAUUACAAAAGCAGUUUUAUCGCGACUAUAGGUCUGUGACAUUGGGAAGGCCAUCAUUAAAGGAUUGUGAAGCACCAUUGUUGGGAGACCUUUGCGCAAAGUAUCGCGGCGUAUUGUCACGCACUUCCGCUGAUUUGGUGUCCUCUACACAAUCGAAAAACAGCUUGGAGAAAAACGACCACAAAACUUCAGACAUGGCCUCCGAUAAACAAAAGGAGUUCCAACGCCUACCAAACAAUGUGGCUCCAUCUCAUUACGAAUUGGAAUUGAAACCUAACCUGGAAGCUUUUACAUUUGUGGGGAAGACCAGUGUGCAAUUGAAGAUUAUUUCUCCAACCAAUCUGAUUACAUUAAACGCUUUAGAUGUCACCAUUAGCGAUAGCGAUUUGGAGUUUAAUGACGAAGUGCUUAAGCCAAGUAAAAUUGAAUACUCCACAGAAAAUGAAACGGCAACACUGCAAUUUGGUAAAGAAUUGCCUGCCGGGUCUGAGGUCAAACUGAAUAUGUCAUUUAAGGGCGAAUUAAACGAUAAAAUGAAAGGUUUUUAUCGAAGCAAGUACUUUACGCAAAACGGUGAAGAACGCUACGCAGGCGUUACACAGUUUGAGGCAACUGAUGCCAGACGCUGUUUUCCCUGUUGGGAUGAACCGGCAAUUAAGGCUACAUUUGAUGUUUCCCUAAUUGUUCCGGAAGAUCGUGUUGCUCUCUCCAACAUGCCUAUUAUUAAGGAGGCCUCAGUAGAAAGUGGAUUGAGGCGUAUUUCCUUUGAUCGUACACCAAUAAUGUCAACUUAUUUGGUAGCUGUUGUUGUCGGCGAAUAUGAUUACGUUGAAGGAAAAUCGGAGGAUGGAGUUUUAGUUCGCGUGUACACACCCGUUGGUAAAAAGGAACAAGGCCUAUUUGCUUUGGAAGUAGCAACGAAAGUAUUACCAUAUUAUAAGAGCUACUUUAAUAUAGCCUAUCCACUGCCCAAAAUGGACCUUAUUGCCAUUUCUGACUUCUCGGCUGGUGCAAUGGAAAAUUGGGGAUUGGUGACAUACCGUGAAACCUUUGUUCUCGUAGACCCAAAGAAUACUUCGUUGAUGCGCAAACAAUCGAUAGCUCUGACCGUAGGUCACGAAAUAGCGCAUCAAUGGUUCGGAAACCUUGUUACGAUGGAAUGGUGGACUCAUUUAUGGUUAAACGAAGGAUAUGCGUCUUUUGUUGAGUUCCUGUGUGUUAAUCAUUUGUUUCCGGAAUAUGAUAUUUGGACGCAAUUUGUCACCGACAUGUACACGCGGGCCUUAGAAUUGGAUUCCCUAAAAAAUUCCCACCCCAUUGAAGUUCCAGUUGGACACCCCUGUGAAAUUGAUGAGAUUUUUGAUGAAAUCAGUUACAAUAAAGGAGCCUCUGUCAUAAGAAUGCUACAUGAUUACAUUGGGGAAGCUGAUUUCCGUAAAGGUAUGCACACGUACUUAACUCGCCAUCAGUACAAAAAUACCUGCACAGAAGAUCUUUGGGACGCCUUGCAAGAGGCUAGUUCAAAGCCUGUCGCGGAGGUAAUGUCUACAUGGAUUAAAUUAAAGGGCUUCCCUGUCGUAAGUGUAGAAGACAAGCAAUUAGAGGGGAACAAACGGUUGCUUCGUUUGUCACAAAGCAAGUUUACCGCCGAUGGCUCCAAACCCGACGGAGACUACAUAUGGGUCAUACCAAUCACCAUAUCUACCUCGAAAAAUCCCCAGACUAUCGCAAAGACUUUUCUAUUAAACGAAAAAUCUUUGGAGGUGGUGUUGGACGAUGUGAGCGCAGAAGACUGGAUAAAGGUGAAUCCAGGAACCGUGGGCUAUUACCGAACACGCUAUUCAAAAGAUAUGCUGGAGAAACUUAUGCCGGCUGUUCGCAACAUGGAAUUGCCACCAUUGGAUCGUUUGGGUCUAAUUGACGAUAUGUUUGCUAUGGUACAAGCAGGUCAAGCUAGCACUGCGGAAGUAUUAGAACUAAUCGAUUCAUAUCGCAAUGAAACCAACUAUACAGUGUGGACUGCUAUUACAAACUCCUUGUCAAAUCUUCACAUACUCAUAUCGCACACCGACCUGAUGGACCACUUUAAUAAAUAUGGAGAAAAACUGUAUCGCCCUGUAGCUGAGCGCUUGGGUUGGGAAGUACGUGAGGGUGAAAAUCAUUUAGACACUCUGCUGCGCAGUCUUGUUUUAUCACGUUUGGUGUCUUUCCGCUGCAACGACAUUAUUGAUGAGGCAAAGAAACGUUUCCGUAAUCACGCCAACAACGUUUGUCCAGUUCCCGCUGAUUUGCGUUCAACUUGCUACAAGGCCGUAUUGCAAGAGGGCGAUGAAAGUAUUUUCAAUGAAAUGUUAACGCUGUAUAGAGCCACCGACUUACAUGAGGAACAAGAUCGUAUAUCUCGUGCUUUAGGUUGUAUAGGAAAUGUAGACUUAUUACGAAAAGUCAUUGAUUUUGCCAUGUCUGGUGAAGUUCGUGCUCAAGACUCGGUAUUUGUCAUUGUGGCUGUAGCUGUAAAUCCUAAGGGUCGAGAUAUGGCAUGGCAAUUCUUUAAAGACAACAAUCAAAAACUAUUGGAACAAUAUCAGGGUGGAUUUUUGUUAGCACGCCUAAUCAAAUACCUAAUCGAAAAUUUUGCAUCUGAAGAACGCGCUAUUGAAGUUGAAGAGUUCUUUAAGUUGAAACAAUUUCCAGGUACCGAAAGAACUGUUUCACAAGCGGUUGAAACAAUCCGCCUCAACACCGCCUGGUUGGAACGGGAUCGUGAUUCUUUAACCGCAUAUUUAAAGAAGCAAUAAAUUGGGCCAUACUUGAAGAGGCAAAUUAUUAAAGUUGAGAGAGAAUAAUGUUUAACCCUAAGCUACAACAUAUAAACCAAAGCCAUUUAUAAAGAAGUAACUAACAACAAGUUGCAGAUUGCAUCCACUUGCAAUCGUAUUGCGUCUUGAUCCAUUGUUGUAACACAAUUUUUUUUCAAACACUUGGCCAUAAAUUAUUUUUUUUUUUGUUUUUAUUUACAUGAAAUUUGUAAACGAGUUCAUUGAAACGUAAUUUAUUAAAUACUUUCAUAUUGCAGAAAAACAAAAAUAAUAUUUAACAUAGUUAUGCAUUUCCUAGAAUUAUUAUACGUAAACAACAAAAGACCAAUAAAAUGGAUUUUUUGUAAAAA